CACUGAGGGGACGGCGCUGAGGGGACAGGACUGAAGGGACAGCACUGAGGGGACGGCGGGGCCGCUCCGAUCGCCUUGUCCCGCCACCCUUUCCCUGCGCUAUCAGCGCCCUCCUCCCGGCCCGCUCGCAGCCGCCUCCCUCACGGAGCUCGUGUGGGGAAGGGCCGGUGGAGCCGGUUCGCUCCCGGCCCCUUCCAACGCGCCCUUCCUUCGCUCCCCAGCGCGCAGAGCGCGUCUCCCUUCAAGCCUCGACUCUGUCAUUUGUGGCUCAGUUUUUCCAGGGUGUAAUUCAUGUUCUCGCUGCUGAGUCCCCGUGUUUUUUAUUUAUUAGCAGUUGCGUGGUGCUUACAGCGCGUUUUCCUCCCGUACAAAGCACUGCUGUCGCCUCAAAAACAAGCUGGUGGCAGGCUGAAACCCACCCACAAUUUUUUUUUUUUUUUUUUAUUUUUUUUUUUUUUUUUUUCCCAUAAAAAACCACUUCUGGUUCUGUCAUAAUCCAUUGAAGAAAAUGAAGUUUACCUGCCCAGCGAUGAGCUCUGGAUCUAUGACAUGGACAGUGGGCUGUGGACAAUGCACCUGAUGGAAGGGGAGUUACCCACCUCCAUGUCAGGCAGCUGUGGGGCCAGCAUCAAUGGGAAGCUGUACAUUUUUGGGGGAUUUGAUGAUAAAGGAUACAGUAAUCGGCUGUAUUACGUCAAUUUGAGAACAAAAACCGGAACCUACAGGUGGAAAAAAAUCACAAAUUUUAAAGGUCAACCUCCCACACCUCGUGAUAAACUUUCCUGCUGGGUGUACAAAAACAGGCUAAUUUAUUUUGGAGGUUAUGGCUGCAGGAAGCACAAUGAGCUCAGUGAUUGUUUCGAUGUCCACGAUGCAUUUUGGGAAGGACAGAUAUUCUGGGGAUGGCACAAUGAUGUUCAUGUUUUUGAUACAACCACACAGACUUGGUCUCAACCAACAAUUCGAGGUGGAGAUCCACCUCAGCCUCGAGCAGCUCACACAUGUGCUGUGCUGGGAAAUAAAGGGUACAUCUUUGGAGGACGAGUGCUGCAAACCAGAAUGAAUGAUUUGCACUGCCUGAAUUUAGACACUUGGACUUGGUCUGGAAGGAUUAAUAUCAGUGGAGAGAAGCCCAGAGAUCGCUCCUGGCACACGCUGACCCCCAUAGGGGAUGACAGACUUUUCCUUUUUGGUGGACUAAGCUCUGAUAAUGUUCCUUUGAGUGAUGGUUGGAUCCACAGCAUUGCAACAAAUGGAUGGAAGCAGCUCACCCAUCUGCCCAAGAGCAGGCCCAGGUUGUGGCACACAGCCUGCCUUGGGCAGGAGGGAGAAGUGAUGGUGUUUGGGGGCAGCAAAGAUGAUUUGCUUUUUAUGGACACGGGUCACUGCAGUGACUUGCUGAUAUUUCAGACUCAGCCUUACUCCCUGCUCAGGCUGUGUCUUGACUGCAUUGGGAAGAACGCAGCUCUCUUGGAGAAGCAAAUUCCCUGCUUGCCAUCCAAACUUCUGCAGGAAGUGCUGAAAAAAAUCACUUUUUGGGCUGCCAUGACCCACAGGCAGGAGAGGAAAGCUGAGACUGAGAGACAAAGCCAGCUGCACUCCACAUGAGGCAGGGCAGGGAGCUGCUGGGACACCUCAGAGGGGUUUGUCCAUGAGCUCUGUGCUGUUCCCCUGCAGCUCUGUGUUCAGCUGGGUUUCUGAGGGAAGUUUGACAACAAAUCCUUUCAUGGGAAUCUCUCGUUUCCUGCGUUACGGAAAACUGAUACAACUUCAUUUCUAGAUAAUUGUUCACCUCUGCUCUCAUGGUUUUGACCACACAGCCCUCACAGCCUUUUGUUCUUUUGGAAGGGGAUGUGAUCCAUUUCAGCUGGGUAAAACAUGGUUUAAGUCUAAAAAUCCUCCUUGGCCUUACGCCCAUCAGCCUUCCCAAAAAGAUAAAUUCACCUCGGUGUCUUGGGGACAUUCACGCUUUGUCAGUCUUAACAAAUUUACCACCACCAAAUGUUGGUUCCACCAGGCUCUGACCAAAAUCCAACCCUGGAGCCCGAUACCUCACACUCCAAGUAGGAAAAUCCAGCAGGGAAUUGUGGAACUUGGAAGAAAAAGCUGCAACAUCACCUGGUCUCUGUAGGAAAACUUCAGUUCAUCACCUGGUUUUACUGUUUCUGCCAUCAGGAAGUCCUUUUGGAAAUAAGUUGUAUAUUGUAUUUUGGAUGUGCAAAGUUUAUAUUUCAUUCUUGUUAAAAAAACAACAACAACAACAAAGUUGCUUAUUUAUUGUUUAAAAAAAAAAGCAAAUGUAGUACUGGUUAUUUUUCUGUUUCAAAUAUUUACUUAACGGGAGCACAGUCAUUAAAAUUUUAUAGAGAGUUGAAGCAAGAAGCAUUUGGACACAUUUUUGAUGGUUUUAAAGUCUGUAAAAAUUAAUUAUUUGGGGAAAAGAGGUUUGGGGGGAGCAAAUUUGGUUCAAAAAGGAAGUUUUGUGACUGGUUAUUUUAACAGCCUAAUUUUUAUGUGCUGAACUCCCUCCCCUCCCUUUUUGGGAGGGGGAGUUCAGAUGCCCCCUGGACCCCAGGGUUUGAUUUUGGGGGGCUCAGGUGCCCCCCAAGGUCUGAUUUUGGGGGUUUGGGAUUGACUUGGUGGAUUCAGAUGCCUCCAAGGUUAAUUUGCAGGGGCUCAGUGUUCAUUCUGUUGGCUUCAAGUGCCCCCAAGGUUAAUUUUGGGAGGGCUGAGGUGCCCCCCAUAAUUAAUUUGGGGGUUUCAGAUCCCCCCAGUGGGAAUUUUAUUGGGUUCAGGUGCCCCCAUUGUGAAUUUACAAGGUUCAAGUGCCCCUAAGGUUAAUUUUGGGGUGGUUCUGAUGCCCCCAGGUAAAUUUGUCUGGUUGUUUAGGUGCCCUCAUGGUUAAUUUGGGGUAGUUCAGGAGCCCCCAGGUUUAAGCUUUGGUUGUUCAGGUGCCCUCAGGGUGAUUUUUGGGGUGGUUCAGGUGCCACCAGGGUGAAUUUAGGGCGGCCUGGGUGCCCCAGUGUUAAUUUUGGGGUUGUCCAGGUGCCCCCAAGGUGAUUUUUGGGGUGCCUGGGUGCCCCAGUGUUAAUUUUGGGGUGCCCGGGUGCCCCCAGGGUGAAUUCUGGUGUUGUCCAGAUGCUCCCAGUGUUAAUUUUGGGGCAGUUCGGGUGCCCUCAGGGUGAUUUUGGGGGUGAAUUUUGGCCUUCCCGGGUGCUCCAGUGUUAAUUUUGGGGCGGUUCAGAAGCUCCAAGGGUUCAUUCUGGGGUGCCCGGGUACCCCAGGGGUGAAUUCCGGAGCAGUUCAGACGCUCCCAGUGUUAAUUUUGGGGUGCCUGGGUGCCCUCGGGGUGAACUCGGGGGUGCCAGUGCCCUCAGGGUGAAUUCUGGGGUAGUUCAGAUGCUCCCAGUGUUAAUUGUGGGGCAGUUCAGACGCUCCCAGUGUUAAUUCUGGGGUGCCCGGGUGCCCUCGGGGUGAAUUCCGGAGCAGUUCAGACGCUCCCAGUGUUAAUUUUGGGGUGCCUGGGUGCCCUCAGAGUGAAUUCUGGGGCAGUUCAGACUCUCCCAGUGUUAAUUCUGGGACAGUUCAGACGCUCCCAGCGUUAACUCUGGGGUGCCUGGGUGCCCUGGGGUGAAUUUUGGUGCGGUUCAGACGCUCCCAGUGUUAACUCUGGGGUGCCCGGGUGCCCUCGGGGUGAAUUUUGGGGCAGCUCGGACGUUCCCCGCGUUAACUCCGGGGUGCCCCCGGCCUGAUUCGGCGGUGCCGGUGCCCUCAGGGUGAAUUCUGGGGCAGUUCGGA